UGGAUAGUUGGGGGCGUGACAUCCUGCUGUCGUACGUUUUUUGAUUGGCCGCAGCUCUUCAGACCGGGAAUAUUUUGAAAGUAACUGGGUGUGUGCAGUUACGUUUCUGUGUAUUUGCCCAACCGACACAACUUCGUAGCUCUACUGAACGUAAUUCCGUUUAGGUCUACAUAUUUACUUGGCGAAGUAUUAAGUAGUUAGUUUUAAUUAUCCAUGGAGCAAGAAGCACGGGAAAACUCGUCUGCAGGAACGAGAAAAACUGGGGACGAGAUGACAGACAUCAUGGUGGUUGAUUUGGAGUCCUACGUCAAGGUUGAACUCGACAUGGAAAAGGAAAGAAUUGAAGUGGGGCAAAAUGUGCCCGGUAUAACUCAAGCUCUGUUUCAGAAUGAAGAGGAGGAUGAAGAUAGUGGUACAGACCAUUUUAACUCUGAAAAGUCAGGGACUAGGCUGCAAAGAUGUGAGCGCCAUGGAACUGAAAAUUCAAGUCUUCCUGACACCUUCCAGACCAGCCACCUGCUGUUCUAUGAGAGAUUCAAGGCGUACCAGGACUACAUGCUCGGAGACUGUAAGCCAUCUGAGGUAAAGGCCUUCACAGCAGACUACCUGGAGAAGGUGGUGGAACCUUGUGAUUGGUUGGCUUUGUGGUCGACUAACGUCUUUGAUGUCCUGGUGGAGGUGUAUGAUGUGGACUUGAAGGAUCUGAAGGCGUGUGUGAGGCUGGUGCUGCCUUUGCAGUGCGACACCAGAGGCUGUGAACUCACUGAGGAGGCCAUGAAUUCUCUGCUGGAGGCCACUGAGCACAAAGUCCAUCUGCUGGAGCUCCAAGUGGUCUACGAGCAGUCUGGGGACUUUGAUCAGACCGCCCUUGCUCUUGAGCACCUCAGGUUUUUCUAUAAACACAUCUGGAGGCAGUGGGAUGAGGAAGAUGAAGAUGAUGACUUUGACUACUUUGUUCGUUGUGUGGAGCCUCGUCUCAGGCUCUACUACGACAACUUAGAAAACAGAGUCCCCGCAGGCCUGGUGGCAGAGUACCAGUCCUUACUGGAAAACUGCUUUCAGUGCUUCCAGCAGUUCUCUGUGUUGCGUUGUGGCCUCAGCACUGACUCAGACUCAGAGCUGGAUAAUGUAUCCAUGGUGGAAGGCUUGAAGCUCUACGACCAGCUGGAGAUGUUAAAACGCAAGCUGCACAUUAUUGAGAACCCUCUGUUGAGGUAUGUGCUGGGCUACAGAGGCAAUGCCAGACAACAGUGUGUGCAGAGCCGUGGACUCAGAGCAUCAGGUAUGAAGGUGAUCCAUGUGGUCACAGCCUCUUGCAGCACUAUCCAGCUCCAGUCCCUCCUUAGUGACAGACUGCUGCCACAGUGUUGCUCUGAGGACACUGAGAUUCAGUUCCAUAAAGACCCAGUGUCAGCGGUGGAAACAUGCCAUCAGGGUGACAUGGUCAUUGUUCUCCCAGGGAUCUAUAGGGUCAGCAGCUCCAUCUUCCUACCAGACUCCAUCACUGUAGAAGGCUUUGGGCUUCCUGAUGAGGUGGUGAUUGAGAAGAAAAACAAAGGUGACACAUUUGUGGAGUCCACUGGAGCUGAUGUCAGACUUUCUAACAUCAAGUUUAUCCAACACGAUGCUAUUGAGGGCAUUCUGUGUGUGCGUCAGGGGACUAUGAACAUGGAGAACUGUGUGCUACAGUGUGAGACCACGGGGGUGAUUGUACGAACAUCAGCCCGUCUCACCAUGAACAUGUGUGACCUGUAUGGCUCUAAGGGGGCUGGUGUGGAGAUUUACCCUGGCAGUGUUUGCAGUCUGGUUGGUAACGGUAUCCAUCACUGUAAAGACGGUGUUCUCAUCAAG